AUUUUUAAAAUUUUAUUUUCAUAAGAGAAAAAAUAAAAAGAAACGGAGAAACGAAAAAAGGACCUUCAGUCUUUCUUCUCUGUUCACGACAGUCUCCGCAUCUCUCUCCUGCUUCUACCUACUGCUUUCUGCCAUUCUAGGGUUUCGGAGCUUUGCUUUUUCUUAAGGGAAUGUAAAAGAUUGUACCAGUAUGACCAACGAGGUUUUUGAUGGCCAGACAUUAGCUGAGAAGUUGUCUAAGCUCAACAAUUCACAACAAAGCAUUGAAUCGUUGUCUCGAUGGUGUAUCUCUUGCCGAAAGAAGGCUAAGCCUAUAGUUGAAACAUGGGAUAAGUUCUUUAACUCUUCCCAGCGAGAGCAGCACAUAUCUUUUCUAUACCUGGCUAAUGAUAUCUUACAAAACAGUAGAAGAAAGGGCAGUGAAUUUGUGAAUGAAUUCUGGAAAGUUCUUCCUGGAGCUCUCAAGCUUGUUUACGAAAAUGGAGAUGAACAUGGGAAGAAAGUGGCAACAAGACUGGUUGAUAUUUGGGAAGAAAGAAAAGUUUUUGGUUCUCGAGGGCAGAGUCUUAAAGAUGAAAUACUGGGUAAAACCUCUCUUCCUACAUCUAUAAGCCAAGUAAAGAGUUCAAACCCUAUCAAGAUAGUAAAGAGGGAUGCACAUUCCGUACGGAUUAAAUUGUCUGUGGGAGAUCUGCCAGAAAAAAUUAUUACUGCAUUUCAAUCUGUUCUUGAUGAACAUAUCAGUGAGGAAGCUGCUAUAAAGAAGUGUAGCACAGCUCUGCAAUAUGUCAGCAAAAUUGAAGAAGAAGCUGAAAAUGCCUUGACUCAAGGAAACCAGCAGGGAUCUGGAUUUCUGGAUGAGCUGCAAGAGCAGGAAAAUUUACUCAUUCAUUGUAUUGAGAAACUUGAAAGUGCCGAGGCAAUUAGGGUUUCAUUGGUUUCACAGCUCAAAGAGGCACUUCAGGAACAAGAAUCAGAGCUAGUUCACAUUCGCACACAGUUGCAAGAUAUGUCAUCGGGGAAGACGAUUGGGAGUGCAAAGGCUGCUCGUUGCCACAUUGAACAAGCAAGUAAUAUCAGAAAAAGAAUUCCCUCAAACAAUGCUGCUAACACCACAGCAGAAGCUACGAAGGGAAUGGAGCAGAAUCAAUCUUUCGUCCAACCAAGCAGUGCCCAGUCUCAUCCUCUUACACAAUCAGCAAUUUCUUUUGCACCUCUGAAAGCUAAUGAUGAAGAGAGCAAAAAGGCAAGAGCUGCUGCUGUUGCUGCUAGGCUUGCUGCUUCUACUUCCUCUGCACAGAUGCUAUCCUCUGUACUUUCCUCUCUUGUUGCAGAAGAAGCUGCUUCUAUGAGUGGUAGCUUGACGUCAGGUGGAUUAACACCCGGAUUACCCUUGUUCCCUCCGGAAAAACGGCAGAAACUUGAGAAACCAAUGUCUGUAUCUGAUGUUAGCAUUGCUGAUUUAGGCAGUGCUGGUUAUUUUACCCUACCACAGCAGUCAGUUGCCAAUAUGCCUCUUACACCUUCAUCAGGCAUGCAAUCCCUGUCUCAAGGAAGUCAGAUGCAAUCUGCUUUUUCUCAGCCACCACCCCCGCUGCCCCCACCUCUUCCUCAAUCUCCUGCCACUCCAUCACAUCAAUAUGUCCAGUCCACUGGUCUUAUGGCAGGUGUGAUGCCUUUUGGUUAUGGAUCAAACACCCUUCCACCCCCACCCCCUCUACCUCCACAUUUUGCUAUGGGAUUAGCAAGGCCAAAUCCUCAAUCACAGCAGCAGCCACAGCCUCUGUCGCAUCAGUCACCACAGCAGCAGCAGCAACAACAACAGUUGCAACCUGCCAAUGGAGGAUUUUAUAGACCACCGGGUAUAGGGUUUUACGGACAAAGCCACCAACCGACAACGCCACCAGUUCAUCGGCAGUGAAUUCUUUGUAAGAAAUUUGUUCACUGGGCAAGAAGUUUGUUCCAACUUCCAGGGCAUUCAAAGGAUAUUAGGCAGCAGGCAAGCCAAAACUGCAACAACAGUGGAAAUUAUGUUAUGGAAAUCAACAAUACAAGCUGAAACUUUUUAGACUCAUUGUUCUGUAAAAUAUUAGGAAGUAGGAAGUAGUAUUCUAGAAAAUAUUUCUCCCCAUCAGUAAAGAGGUUGCUUGGUAGCUGUAUUUUUAGUUUUACGUGAUGUUCAAGUAUCUUUUAACUGAUUCUGAUUGGGGAAUUACUAAUGUGAGCUUGGAAUUGUUGAAUGUGUCGGGUCCUAUCAGCUGGGCUUAGGCAAGCUUCUUCCAAAUUUAAGGAUAAGGUCAGCAAACUUAAUUAUAUUUGAGGCGAGCUCCUGGGCCUAGUGGGCUUCUCCUUUCGAAGGAGAGUUGUCUCUGCCUUUACAACUGUUUAAGAGUUAGUCAAACUGCUAGUAAAAGUAACCGUUGUAAUCAUGUGCAAUGAUAAUGUUACAUAAUUUUCAACUA